AUGAUGAUGGAGCGGCUGAGUUGGUAUGUCGGCGAACAGAACCUGAAGACCGAACUCAAGGAUCCCUCCAAACUGUUUGCCGACUACGCCGUUGGUGUACUGGACCUGGCGUUCAAUCAGGACGAGCACCGGGCGAACGACGUGCUCAGCGAGACAUCCGUCGACUGGAACUACAAUACAGCGGUGGACAUCGCGGCCAACGCCCGCGUCAGGGGGUUCUUAGCGCACCCUUGCUGUCAGAAAUGGCUGACCAACACAUUCCUGGGCAAUAUUCGGCUCCGGGAGAUGAGUUGGGGUCUGUUUUCAAUACCGCCGUCCGUUAAAAUACUGCUGUCGGCGCUACUCGUGUUCCCGAUGUACAUAUGGGUGCGCUUUCGAGACACGGACCAAAAGACGGGUCAAUACGAUAAGAAUGAGGAACUGGAGGAUGAGAGGGACGCCGCCGAUGAGGAACAGCAUCUGAUUAACGCCGAGAGUCAGGCCCAGAAUGCGGGAACGGGAGGUAAUUUUGGCGCUAAUAUAAUUGGAGGUAUGGGCGACGCGCUGGAGGAGGCGUUGGGAAAGCCGGGGGAAAUCAUAUCGAAAAAUAUCGAUGACCGCCGCUUAAGAGAANGGGAAAUCAUAUCGAAAAAUAUCGAUGAGUUCGCGACGAAUGCCCGGCACUACCAGACAGUGAUCCGGAACCGGGAGCUAUUGAUACGCAAACAGCCGCCGCUUAAGAGAAUGGUGUGCGAAAUGUGGUCGGCGCCCAUCACUAAGUUCUGGACGUUUAACAUGUUUUACAUCAUAUAUUUAGUGUUGUUCAGUCUGGCCCUGGUAUGGCCAUCGUGUGGGAACUACUACUUGGACUCCACUGUGUGCGCGUGGACUGCGUUGAUACUGCUGGAGCACAUCCGACGAACAUUCAUAUUGUACCGGAAGUACACUUCUGUGCCAAUGGUGUUCAAGUGCAUGGAGAUCGUGGCUAUCAUAGUGUUUGUGGUGAUCUAUACGGCCGGCCGGGUAUUCGAUCGCCGAAUAUUCUCGUACUACACGAUGAAAGUGAUGCUAUCCGUGGGGUUACUCUACUUUUAUUACCGCUUAUUCGCCUUCCAUUUGCCGAUUAGCCCCACUCUGGGGCCACUACUGUACCGCCUGAAGCUCAUGAUUACCGUCGACUUUGUGGACUUCAUGCGAAUGGCGCUAAUUGUCAUCUGUAGCUCAGGAGUGGUCAUACAGGCCGUCCUAUACCCGGAUCAGCCGUUGAGUCUAAUAAUGUUCCGGAAGGCCUUCCACAGGGCGUUCUUCACGUUAUUUUUGACACCGACUGAUGAACUCAAAGGUAUGUCACAAAUG